GGUCAUUCAGUCACCGCGCCCCCUUCGAAACGUUGAGAGCCGCACGAUCAAAGCCGAUCGAAUUGGCCGGAUUGGAUGAACGGUUGUGACGAGGCCAGCCGCAAAACGGCGAUCGGAAUAAGAAAGGGAAGAAUUGUUCAUUGUCGUUUGAUCUCUGACUUUUUUUUCGUGUCCGGGGGGAUUCGCGAGACAGUAACUGUUGUCAGCGACAGCUUGGAGGUUGUUAUACGUAUGUUUCUAAUAACGAAUGAUGUUAGAGCAUUUGUAGUUUGAGCAUAUGUAUUUGCUACUUUUUAUGGAAGUGUAUUACAGGUGAAUUUAACUAAUCUUCAUGAUUCUCUGCCAUACAUGAGACAAGUAUCUAUCAAAGCCAAUAGCAAUGCAACAUUUAAUAUAACCAACAUUUCCUCCAGCGCUUCUUUCAUUAUCAUUCAAAUUCAUACCUACCAACACAAUGUCACGCUGUCUUAUGAUAAAGAUUAUCUUAAUAAAAUUUCAAACAGAAGCGUAUUUGGAUCAAACAUUGGCCUUUUCUCUAGGCUAACCACGAACAUAGUAACGCAACUAUUCGUGAAAAACGAUAAUGUCCACGACGUUAAUGGUCUACUCGCUGUUGUUGCUUACCACAAUACAGCACCCAUACCGGGUGGAUGCAACAUGGAAUUCAAUACAGAGAUCGCGCCGUACGCGAGCGUGCAGACACUCGACACGAUGGUGAUCGUCGACGUGCAACCCGCCUCGGUACCGUUGAACGACAGCGUAAAGCUCAUUUGCGAAAAAAACCCUGUGGAAGUCGAGAUGUAUCAGAUAUUCCUGAAUGAGCAGGACUUCAGUAUCAAUAGUUAUUUCAUGGCUAUUGAAAGCAUGCUGACUGUUACGGAUAUCAAGAAAAACGGAGUAAAGGUAGUGAGUCCUGUGAUUUCCUCUCCGAUGAGGCGAGUGUUCAGCGCGUACACCGGAGUUGGCUCCGUUUACGUCGCACUGGCUACUUACGGGGAAUAUUCCGCGGCCUAUGUGCCAGCAUUUUCAUACGCCUGUCAUCCCACAAUCAAUCCUGCCUCCUGUGAUGUUUUACCCAAUUUAAUUUCCAAGAUCAUCUGCGCUUUAUGUUUCUUCGUCGGAUUGUUAUCAAUAUGCUUCGGGCACAAUCACCUUAAAGCCGAUAUGGCACUGCCGAUAUUUUUCACUGGAACUGUGAUCGGUUACGCUGCAGUAGGGGAUAUUUCAAUCGCCAUGGGAAUAGGCCUGUGUUUCACGAUAUUCUGGUUGGCGUGCCAGUGUUACCUCCCAAUUUUCUUUAGCGGGAUAAUGUUUAACAUGACGCUGGGCUUCCUCUUCGCGUGUAUCGCUUACUUCCAGUCCCCGGGUUCGUUUAUAAUUCUGCAAAACGACUGGGUAUUUUGGUCGCUGUUCAUAACCUUGGCCCUUGGUAUGAGUAUGAUCAUGACUAUAAUAUUUCACUUUGGUUUUGUCAUGACUUGUUCCAUAAUUGCGUCCUUCAUGAUAAUCCUGCCACUUGAUUAUUGGACUGGUUCUGCUCUGAAAUAUAUUGUAAUAAAUAUCAUAAGAAGGAUGACCGUCGAGGGUUUCAAUUUAGCCAUAGUCCGACCACCAUCUGAAGCUAAUGAUAUAGCCUUGGUCAUAUUCUGGUCAUGUUUGGUGUUAUAUCGCAUCUGGAAGCAAUGGUGCAGAAUAGGUGUACUAGAUCUAGCGGAAAGAACUCCGUUACUUCGUUGAACAUUUAAAAAAUGUAAAUGUUAAUUUUAAUGUUAAAUGUUAAAAAUCGAAAGUUAUGUAUAUGGCGAUAGAUAGAUAUAUAUAUAUAUACAUACAUAAUGUAACAAAGCCAAUCAACUUCGUAAUCUUCCAUUUACAAAAUUUAUAUACGAAAUAAAUUUCAAACGAAUUUUUA